AUGUCUGACGAUAAGAAGAAUGAAGAAAGUAAACCCAUUAAGCCUCUAGACGAAGCUGAUAUCAGUCUCAUGAUGAGAUACGGCUCUGGCCCCUAUGCAAAAGUUAUCCAAACUAUUGAAGCCGAUAUCAGUACCAAGCUUAAAGAAAUUGCAGCUACCACUGGUGUAAAAGAAUCAGACACCGGACUUUCUCAGCCUUCUUAUUGGGAUUUAGAAGGAGACAAAAUGAUCAUGCAGAUGGAGCAGCCUCUUCAAGUCGCGAGAUGCACAAAAAUCAUCAACCCCGGGACAAACGAAGCUAAAUAUAUGAUCUCUAUUAAGCAGCUCGCCAAGUUUGUUGUAGGACUCGGCGAAAAAGUUGCUGCCACUGAUAUAGAAGAAGGUAUGCGUGUUGGCGUUGACAGAACCAAAUAUUUCAUUCAAAUUCCUCUUCCUCCCAAAAUAGACCCUACUGUCACUAUGAUGACUUUAGAAGAAAAGCCUGACGUAACUUAUAAUGACCUUGGAGGCUGCAAAGAACAGAUUGAAAGGCUCAGAGAAGUUGUCGAAAUGCCUCUGCUGCAUCCUGAAAAAUUCAUCAACCUCGGCAUUGACCCGCCAAAAGGAGUUUUACUAUAUGGCCCUCCAGGCACUGGAAAAACCCUUGCUGCGAGAGCGGUUGCGAAUAGAACCGAUGCUUGCUUUAUAAGAGUCAUUGGAAGUGAGCUAGUUCAAAGAUAUGUAGGAGAAGGAGCAAGAAUGGUCAGAGAGAUUUUCCAAAUGGCUAAAAGUAAGAAGGCUUGCAUUGUCUUUAUUGAUGAAGUUGAUGCUGUAGGUGGUGCCAGGUUUGAUGAUGGGCAUGGAGGUGACAGCGAAGUGCAAAGGACUAUGCUGGAAAUUGUCAAUCAAUUAGAUGGAUUUGAUAAUAGAGGAAACGUCAAAGUCCUGAUGGCAACAAAUAGGCCUGAUACUCUUGAUCCUGCCUUGCUAAGACCUGGCAGACUGGAUAGAAAAAUUGAGUUUGGCUUGCCAGACUUAGAAGGAAGGGCACAAAUUUUCAAAAUUAAUGCAAAAAUCAUGAACAUGGACAAAGGCAUCAGGUUUGAGCUACUCUCAAGACUUUGUCCAAACACAACGGGAGCUGACAUCAGAUCUGUGUGCACAGAAGCUGGAAUGUUUGCUAUAAGACAAAGAAGAAAGAGCAUUUCAGAAAAAGAUUUAUUAGAUGCGAUCGAAAAAGUGAUCAAGGGAUAUGCCAAGUUUUCAGCGACGAAUAAGUAUAUGGUCUAUAACUAA